AUGGACUACGAUUUCAGGAACAUAGCGGGUCUACCAUACGAUCCUCAAGUCCCCAUGUACAGAACAACGACCACUCCCUCAUCGAGCUCAAGCUCGAGCCAUCCGAUGUACGGACCAUCUUCUCUCUACCCUAAGAUCAGUGGUCACUCCGUCAACCCUCCCGCCGCUCGUCCCCCUUCUUUUCAUCCGACUUCUUCUCCUUCAUCUUCUUCUGGAACAGGCAUUAGGGUCGCCUUAAAGCCGGAAUACCGGAUUACACCACCGGUAUGA